UAGGUUUUCCAACAAAAACACAAAGUACUGAGAAAACAAAAUGAGCAUUAAGAUGAACAUUCACUCUUCUGUCAGAUUUCUUGUUUUGUUUUCGGUUCUCUCUUGUCUAAGUGUUCAGCUAGAAGCACAGCUUCAAGUUGGGUUUUACUGCGAAUCAUGUCCAUCUGCUGAACGUAUUGUGAGGGAAGAAGUUAUGAAAGGGUUUAUGAAUGAUAAAGGGGUUGCCCCUGGUCUUGUCAGAAUGCACUUCCAUGACUGUUUUGUUAGAGGUUGUGAUGGAUCAGUUCUCAUUGACUCAACUUCCUCAAACACAGCCGAGAAAGAUUCACCAGCAAACAAUCCUAGUCUUAGAGGGUUUGAAGUCAUUGACAGUGCAAAGACUAGACUUGAAGCAGAAUGCAAAGGGGUUGUUUCAUGUGCUGAUAUAUUAGCUUUUGCAGCUAGAGAUAGUGUAGCAAUGACCAGGGGGCAAAGAUAUGAUGUUCCAUCUGGAAGAAGGGAUGGAAGGGUCUCUUUGGUUUCAGAAGUGUUCCAAAACAUCCCUGGAUUCACAUUCAAUGUUACUCGACUUACCCAGAGUUUCGCCAAUAAAAAUUUGACACAGGAAGAAAUGGUCACCCUAUCAGGAGCUCAUACAAUUGGCCGGUCUCAUUGCACAUCCGUCAGCAACAGGCUAUACAACUUCAGCGGAACAAACGGGGCAGAUCCCACUUUGGAUUCAAAAUAUGCAGGACAGUUGCAGCAACAGUGUCCACAAGGAAGCACAAAUUCUAACCAGGUGGUUCCAAUGGACCCUGUCAGCCCAUUUAUCACAGACGUUAAUUACUACCAGGACGUCUUAGCCAACAAAGGCUUGUUUACAUCUGAUCAGACGUUGUUGACAGACUCCAACACAGCUAAUGAGGUGAACCAGAAUGCAAGGAAUCAGUUCUUGUGGAUGAGAAAGUUUGCAGCUGCAAUGGUUAAUAUGGGUCAAAUUGAAGUUCUUACUGGUACUAAUGGAGAAAUCAGGACAAACUGUAGUGUAAUAAAUUAAGAAAGAUGGGGUGUAUUUAUCAUAGUCAAGAGACUUAUUGAGUCCUAAGUAGAGUUAUCUCAUUUACCUUUGUCUUUACCAGAAUCACCUCAUGCUGGUUUGGAUCAUUUGUAGGGUUAUUCUUCAGUCCCAAACAUGUGUAAUUUGAUGAAAAACUCUGAAUUCCAAGUGUUACUGUAAGGUGAAAAA